AUGAAGUCAGAGAACACCCACAAGCUGGGGAUUGCCACCGUCUCAUUGGGCUGGCACCCAUCCCAUACGAUUGAGCGCAAGAUUGACAGUAUAGCCAAUCAAGGGUAUCUAGGGGUAGAGAUCUAUCACCCCGACCUGGUCACAUUCGCAGAACAAAACGGAUUGGCACAUUUGCAAGCUGCUUCCAAGAUAGGAGAUCUUUGUCGAGCCAGGGGUAUUCAGGUCAUCGCGCUGCAACCACUCUUCGAUUUCGCGGGAGUUCUCACACCAUUGGAAGAUCGACUCGAAUCUGCGCGUCAGUAUGUUCGCUUGGCCCGCGCCUUGGGAGCCGGUAUCAUUCAAGUCCCAAGUACGUACGAACCAAAUUCUAUUGGUGAUGAGAACACCAUUGUCGAAGAACUCCGAGCGCUAGCCGACGUCGGCAAAGAGGAGAUUCUCGAAUCUCCGUCAUCUGAAGCAAUUUUAUUUGCAUACGAAACUCUGGCAUGGGGUGUUCAUCAUGCCUCAUUGGAUGACGCGGUCAGGAUCGUCAAUCUCGUGGAUCGGGAGAAUUUUGGACUCUGUCUGGACACGUAUCAUGUCCUGGCCAGGACUUGGGCAGACCCACACUCCGCCAACACCGGGUCUGGUAUCAUUCCAGGAGGGGUCGCUGCCCUUCACGCUACGCUACAACGCUUCAAAGAACAGUGUCCUGUGGAAAAGAUCUUCUAUGUCCAGCUGAGUGAUGCUGAAAGAUUGCAACAGCCUCUUUCCCUGGGUCAUCCAGGCUAUAAGUCAGAAUGGGCUCAUUGGGAUGCGACCAUGCACUGGUGUGUCUGGGGAAGAUUAUUCCCAUUUGAAUCAGAGUUUGGCGCUUAUUUUCCAAUGGAUGAGAUUCUCCGCCUCUGGCUGAAAGAGAAAAUGUGGCAAGGAUGGGUGAGUAUGGAGAUUUUCCACCGCGAUAUGGAUAAGGAGUCGGUGGGUCCGGAGGUGCUUGCGGAGAGGGGCUACAAAUCGUGGUUGAAAAUCAAAGAUCGCAUUGGUCUAGACUAG